UUUGUGCGUUUGGGGGCUGCCAUCGCUGAAGCGCUUCGGUAAAACAUUAUCAGCUUCAGCUCUACAACAAAAGGAGGGGGUGUUUUGUGUAUGCAAAAGGUGCUACAGUGUGAUGCUAAUUCGAGCAAAAAAUACUAGAAUUCAACAUACUCACGAGCUCACCCCCACUCUCACUCACUAGCAUAGAUCUACUACACCCAAACGAUACCGACAACGUACGCAGGCAUGCCAAUGCGGUGCAAAACAGAGUGUUGAGUGCGUGCGCUAGACGAAGCGAGUGAGAGUGUUUCAGUUUUUGUUCUGCUUCUUUCUGCAAAUGUUUCCGUUCAACAGCGGCAUAUCCUGUGAAUGUCCCUUCGGUUCUGUUAGUGUUACGUGUGUGUGCGCGCUCGCGCACCUAUUUGUUAGUGCAAGUUCGUGUGUGUUUUAGUGUGUGUGUGUGCGUGUGUUUGCGUUCUUUUACUUCUUCCGUUGUUUGCAUUUUGUAUAUCUACCGCCAGCCGCCCUAUCACCCCAACAAUUGGGCGGUGCGUGAUAAUGUUUUGAAUUCAGUUUACGUACCAAAAAAAAAGCGAAUCAGAAGCAAAAGCCAAGUGCAAGUGUAGUUGUCUUGUGUGCGAAAAGGCUUGUGGUGGUGAAGCCUGUAAGAAAGCGAGUGAGUGAGCUUGCGGAAGUAAGCCGCAAAAGGAUACAGGCACAUCCACGCAUAUAUAUAUGUGUCCCGAGGGUGCAAGGUUAACAUCCGCAGUCGGUACCGAGCGCGGCUCCAGCACCAGCAACCGCAGCAUUACCCUAGACGGGCCAAGCGCAUUGUAGUAGUGUCCUAAAGAAUUGCCCGAACGCAAAGCAACGGAAGCAGAACGCUUUCGGCUCGUAGGAUUCCGGGUUCCAAGCAAACCUAUCCUUCAUUGUAAAAAUAUAAAUACCCGCCUUUAACAGCCCCUAUUCAUAUCCACAAAUAUGUCGAACGUACCGGCAAAGUUCCACAGCCUGUGCCGACUGUGCCUGACGACGGUUCGGGAGUGCGAUCUGCCCGAGGCGACGGUCACCUUUCGCGCGGAGCAGCAUCAUCAUGGCGGUCAAUCGAACGGGCGCCAUCGUCAUUCGCCAGCAAACGGGCAGGACCUGCACCAGCAGCAACAGCAAGUGCCCGAGCACGAGCUGAUGGAGCAGCAGCAGCUCCCGAUCGUGGAGUGUAAUGUGGAGAUUGUCUGCACAGAGGAUGACGAGGAGGUGGUCGUCGGGACCGGCAGUCAGCCAGAUGGUGCCGCUUCACCGCACGUAACGAAUGAUUCGGAAAUGAUGGACGGUGGCGGCGGUGGUGGUGGUGGUGGUGUAGAUGGCGGUGGUGGCGGAGGCGUUGAAGCAUCAUCCUCCAAGGAUGAGCAAAGAAAGGACGGUGGCGAAGCAAGUGCCCUUCCGGUGGUCGUCGCAGCGAACGGUGGCGAUGGGAAUCACAGUGGCAACAGCGGCAGCGGCAACAGUGACGAAGAUGACGACUACGAGGAUGACGACGUAUUCAGUGCCGGCCACAUGUAUCCAGAUCUUCCGAAGCGGAUAUGGACGUGUCUUUCAAUUAAGAUCGCACCAGAGGAUGGUUUACCAACGGUGGUGUGUAGUUCCUGUCGUGAUCAGCUCGAAUCCUGCCAUCGGUUCCGUCGGGUGGCUCACAGGACGCAGAAAUCGCUCCAGAGCUACCUCAGCUAUACGGCAGCACUUGCUGGAAGUGAAGAGGAAAUACUCGCCGAAUCGUCCGCGAAGUUGGAGCAGCUGAUCGCUUCGUCGCCCGCGACGCUCGCGCUCAAGGCGUCGGCCGAGCAGGACGCGAUCGCCGCCCUGCAAGCCCUGCGCAACAACAACAAUCAUACAAAAUCAGUUACCUCAGUACUUAGUAAAACGCACCUGCAAAACCUGGAAGCGAAUGCCGUGUCUGUGAUCCCCAUCGAGAGUAUGAAACUUACUUCCACCGGCGUGCUACAACAUCAGCCAGCAACGACGACCACCACCACCACCAUCAUCCAUCAGCAGGAGGAGCAGCAACAGCCGUUGCAAAUAUUUCACCAGCAACAGCAACAGCAACAGCAGCAGCAGAACAGCCAACCAAAGCAGCCGUUUAUACAGGUGCGCAACCUGACGCAGCUGCAGAAGGAGCACCUCGAGACGGCCGAGGUGUUGAUGGACAUCAGCAAAAAGGCCAUCAUCUCGCCGCCCAGCUCGAACCCCCAGUCGCCCAGCCUGCUUGCCGAGCAGAAGCAGCAGAAGCAGCAGCAAACGCUACAGUAUCAAAUUAACCUUAACAAUCAGCAGCAACCGCAAAGUAUUAAAUCUUCUGUGAUAAAGCAGCCACACGAUUACCUUUUGAACAAUCUAAAGCGUACCCCGAGCAGCGAAGAGAUGGAUCUGACGAUGAAGCGCGUCAAGGUGGAGCCGAACGUGGUGCUGACGCCGACCGUGCCGGCCACCACGCUCGUGAAGAAGAGCUUCAUCAAGCGGGAAAACAUCAUCGAGCAUCUGGCCGCGUCCGUGGCGGACGACCAGGCCAGCCAGCACAGCGACAGCGUGGACAGCAGCGACUCGGGCCGGUUGCAGAUGGACAUAUCGUCGCAGGACGCCCACUCGGAGUGCGCGGCCGACGAGCUGAAGCUGCGCAACAGUCUGCACCUGAACAACAACAACAAUCACCUGCAUCAGCACCAGCAGCAGCAGAUGGAUCAGCUCGGGCGGGAAACACCCGACAGCAUGAACUCGAUCGAGGAGCAGCAUCACCAGCAGCAGCAGGCCGUGGUAGCGGCAGCGGUGGCCGCUGCCGUCCAUCAGCUUCCCUUUGGCAGUUUGGCCGACACGACCGAUCCGACGAUGGCACAGUUAUGGCAAGCGCUGGCACAAAAUCCGAAUCUCAUUGUGAAUGGUGGAGGCAAUGAAGCGACAGCAUUGCUCAGGAAAAUGAUUAACGCACGAAAUCUCGGCAUCCAGUUCGCACCGUCCGUAGUGCCGGUGGGUACGGGGCUGACGUUGCUCAAGCAAAACGAAAUUAGCCGACACAAUCAGACGGCCCAGGGCGGUCGCCGGAAACAGUCCUGCCCCAGCCGGACACCCGUCGAGGGCAACUCGCCGACCGCAUCGCUCGACAACAAUGGCAUUAGUGUCGGUGUCGUUGGUGGCGGUGCAACAAUUAAGCUUGCCACGGGCAAGAGCGCGACCACCGGGAACGUACUGUUCCGGGUGGCGGAACACUCGUCCUCGGCCAAAACUCCACCCCAGGGCGGUGCUGCCGCCCGGUCCGAGACGAACAGCAACGCGUCGGGCAACAGCAGUCCGCAGCUGCUACUCACCACCAAGUCGACGGCUCCAUCCCAGCAGCAAUCACCGCAGCAGCAGCAGCAGCAGCAAAACUCGCAGCAAAAGGACAUGUCCUGCACGGUGGCGUUGGUUGCGGGUGCAACACGCUUGCACACGAUGAAGCACAGAACGACGACCACCAGGGAACGCGUACACUCGUUCCACUACCUCGAGACGAACAUGAAAGCAAGCUACGCAAACCAACGACGCAAUUAG